CGCUGCGCAAUUCUCUUGUCUUGACUGACGGAGAGGCGCAUCGUUGGUUGCCAGGCAAUUGAUGCACCGAGUCGGACAAGAUGGUGAAGUCGUACCUCAAAUACGAGCACGCUAAGUCAUUCGGCGUUGUGACGACAAGCACUUCCAACAUCGUCUGGACGUCCAAGGAUCGAACUGGCACAGGCGCGGGCCAGGCUGUCGUCGCUGCGAACGAAGAGGUACUUUGCUGGGAUGUCAAGAAGGGCGAGCUCUUGAGUCGGUGGCGGGACGAGCGCUGCACGGUCCCUGUCACGGCAAUUGCUCAGAGCAAGACGGACAAGGAUGUCUUUGCUGUCGGCUACGAAGACGGCAGCAUCCGCCUCUGGGACGGGAAGAUUUCCACCGUCAUACUCAACUUCAAUGGUCACAAAUCGGCCAUCACGAGACUCGCCUUCGACAAGUUUGGCGUUCGCCUAGCAAGCGGGUCCAAAGACACCGAUGUUAUCAUAUGGGACCUCGUUGCAGAAGUCGGCCAAUUCAAGUUGCGUGGACACAAAGAUCAGAUCACAGGGCUGGAGUUUGUCGAGCCCGACACACAGGUGCAAGAUGAAGACGGAACCAAGGCCAUGGUUCUCGAUGGUCAAGACUCAUCCGACGGCUACCUCAUCACAACCGGCAAGGACUCCCUGCUCAAGCUUUGGGAUCUUUCUUCAAGGCACUGCAUCGAGACGCAUAUUUCGCAGACGAAUGGUGAGUGCUGGGCACUCGGUAUGUCGUCGGACUUGAGCGGUUGCAUCACUGCUGGCAACGACGGAGAGCUCAAGGCUUGGUCCCUCGAUGCAGAUGGUCUCGCGUCGAGCGCGCGGCGGGUGGAUGUAUCAUCGACCACUCAAUACUUGUCGGACCGUGGCACUUUGCACCGCCAGAGCAAGGAUCGAGCCACCGAAGUCAUUUUCCACCCCUCAAGGAACUACUUUGCAGUUCACGGAUCGGAGAAAGGAGUCGACGUAUGGCGCAUCAGGUCAGAAGCCGAAGUGAAGAAGAGCUUGGCUCGUAAGAGGAGAAGGCGGAGAGAAAAGGGCAAGGACGGCAAGCAGCAGGAAGAAGAAGCACUCAAUGCCGACGACAUGGCCGAAGACGUCUCGAAAGCAGACAUUAGUGAUGUCUUCGUUCAGUAUGUCAUUGUGCGCACAGGUGGAAAGGUUCGAUCUGUGGAUUGGGCACUAGCCGGCACGCAAAAGGAUCUUCAUCUCCUGGUCGGCACGACCAAUAACCAACUGGAGUACUACAGCAUCCCGUCAAGGGAUAGGAGCGAUCGCAAAAAGAAGGACGAUGUGCCGGACUAUACACGAACGCUUGCUGUGGAGCUGCCUGGUCACCGGGCUGACAUCCGGGCACUGGCUCUCAGCUCGGAUGACAAGAUGCUGGCUUCGGCUGCGAACGGCUCCAUGAAGGUGUGGAACAUCAAGACACAGACUUGUAUUCGCACCUUUGACUGCGGAUACUCCCUAUGCUGCGCGUUUCUACCAGGAGACAAAGUUGUCGUUGUCGGCACGAAGAGCGGCGAGCUGCAGCUUUUUGACGUUGCGUCUGCCUCGUUGCUAGACAGCGUUCAAGCGCAUGAAGGUGCCAUCUGGUCCUUGAACGUGCACCCCGACGGGCGAUCUGUUGUUUCUGGCAGCGCAGACAAGACUGCCAAGUUUUGGGAUUUCAAGAUCGUCCAGGAAGAAGUUCUUGGCACGAAGCGAACGACAUCAAAACUCAAACUCGUACAGUCUAGGACGCUCAAGGUGGCCGACGACAUCCUGAGCCUCAAGUUCUCACCGGAUGCAAGGUUGCUAGCCGUUUCAUUGCUCGACAACACGGUCAAGGUCUUCUUCGUGGACUCGCUCAAGCUCUACCUCAACCUCUAUGGCCACAAGCUACCCGUGCUCAGCAUGGACAUAUCGUACGAUAGCAAACUCAUCGUCACAAGUUCGGCAGACAAGAACAUCAGGAUUUGGGGGCUGGAUUUUGGAGAUUGUCACAAGGCUCUCUUUGGACACCAAGACAGUAUUCUGCAAGUCGCCUUUGUUCCCCACAACUCUGACGGCAACGGGCACCACUUUUUCAGCAGCAGUAAAGACAGGACGAUCCGUUACUGGGAUGGAGAUAAGUUUGAGCAGAUUCAGAGACUGGACGGCCACCACGGAGAGGUGUGGUCAAUUGCCAUCAGCCGGACUGGCAACUUCCUCGUCAGCGCAGCGCACGACAAAAGCAUCCGGGUGUGGGAGGAGACUGAUGAGCAAAUCUUUCUCGAAGAAGAGCGCGAAAAGGAGAUUGAGGAGCUGUACGAGAGCACACUAACUACCUCACUCGAAAAAGACGAGGACGCAGAGGAUGAGAGCGGUGAAGUUGCGGCGGCAAGCAAGCAAACCACUGAGACGCUCAUGGCUGGUGAGCGGAUACAAGAGGCCCUCGAGAUGGGCAUGGCCGACCUGAAUCUCAUGAAGGAGUACGAAGAGGCCAAACUGUCAGACCCCAACGCCAUGCCGCCGCAGCGCAAUCCCGUGUUUCUGGCACUGGGCAACAUCAGCGCUGAAGAGCACGUCAUGUCUGUGCUGCAAAAGAUCAAGGCCUCGGCGCUGCACGACGCCUUGCUGAUUCUUCCGUUUGCCACUGUCCCCAUUCUAUUCACCUUUCUCAACAUUUUCGCCAUGCGUUCGAUGAACAUGCCCCUGACAUGUCGCAUCCUCUUCUUUAUGAUAAAAACGCAUCAUCGGCAGAUUGUGGCGAGCCGGACCAUGAAGACGAUGAUGGACGGCAUUAGGACGAAUCUGAGGGCCGCUUUGAAACGGCAAAAAGACGAGAUGGGCGUCAACAUUGCAGCGCUCAAGGUUGUGGGCAUGCAGAUCCGCGACAAAAGCGUCAAGGAGUACGUGGACGAGACUUGGGAAGACGAGAGCGCCGAGAGGAGCGUCAAGAAGAGGGCCUUUGUGCAUGUGGCGUAAAUAAAUAGACUCGAUACGUACACAUGUACAACGAAUAGUCUUG